GGUAUCAUAACUUAGAAUGUUUUUGGAUCAAGCUCAUGAAACAUCCAGUUAUCAAGUAUGAAUGAUUGUUUUGCAUGUCUUCGGUCACAUGAUCAUUGUCAAAGGUCAUUUUGAGUCAAUCGACAUAAUAUUUUAUCAUAAUAAGUGUUUUCUUCUGUGAAUAAUUAUUCAUUAGCCGUUUUCAAAGGCAGCACUGCUGCUAUAUCAAAUUGUGUCAUGCAGGCGAGACUGCCAGAGGUGUUCCACGUGUUUAAAACUUAAUAUUGAUAUUGAAAAUGAAAUAUGAUUUUUCACUUUGAAUAAAAACAAUAAUUCUGAACCAAAUGACAAUAAUAAAUAAAUAAAUACAUGUAAAUACCAAAUAAUGCAAUCAAAAUAAUGUAAUUGUGAUGUAUUGCUCUACUUUCAGAUCAAAAUGCAAAUAGGUAGAUCUAAUUUAACUUCCUAUGGACCAGGUAUAUCAAAAGAGGUUGCAGUGAUGAUAUGCUCAGCACCAUCACUAAGGGAUGUUCAUCUGAUUGCAAGGUUUCACCAUACCUUCUAUGAAACUCUUGCCAGAGAAGGAAGGAAAGCCACAGUCCAUACUCUUGAGAUUUGGAAUGAUAAGCCUCUAUCAUCAGCCUCUUCACAUCACCUAGUAGAAGCUUUAUGCUCCCUACCUAACCUGACUAACCUGAUACUGAGAGGAGUUUGGGUCCAGGAGUUCUGUUCUCAUCUGAAUGAGAAGGCUUCAACCUUGAAGGUCCAUACUCUUCAGAUUUGGGAUGAUGAGCCUCUAUCAUCAGCCUCUUCACAUCACCUAGUAGAAGCUUUAUGCUCCCUCCCUAACCUGACUAACCUGAUACUGAGAGGAGUUUAUGACCAGGAGGAGUUGUAUUCUCAAUUGAAUGAGAAGGCUUCAACCUUGAAUGUCCAUACUCUUCAGAUUAGGAAUGUUGAGUCUCUAUCAUCAGCCUCUUCACAUCACCUAGUAGAAGCUUUAUGCUCCCUACCUAACCUGACUAACCUGAUACUGAACGGAGUUUGUGACAAGGAGGAGUUCUAUUCUCAUCUGAAUGAGAAGGCUUCAACCUUGAAGGUCCAUACUCUUGAGAUUUGGAAUUAUAAGCCUCUAUCAUCAGCCUCUUCACAUCACCUAGUAGAAGCUUUAUGCUCCCUACCUAACCUGACUAACCUGAUACUGAGAGGAGUUUGUGACCAGGAGGAGUUCUGUUCUCAUCUGAAAGAGAAGGCUUCAACCUUGAAGGUCCAUACUCUUGAGAUUUGGGAUAUUAAGCCUCUAUCAUCAGCCUCUUUACAUCACCUAGUAGAAGCUUUAUGCUCCCUACCUAACCUGACUAACCUGACACUGAGUGGAGUUUGUGAAGAGGAGGAGUUCUGUUCUCAUCUGAAUGAGAAGGCUUCAUCCUUGAAGGUCCAUACUCUUCAGAUUUGGAAUUAUAAGCCUCUAUCAUCAGCCUCUUCACAUCACCUAGUAGAAGCUUUAUGCUUCCUACCUAACCUGACUAACCUGAUACUGAGUAGAGUUUGGGACCAGGAGGAGUUCUAUUCUCUUCUGAAUGAGAAGGCUUCAACCUUGAAGGGUUCUUUCCCUCAGAUCAGCAAAGGUAAUUUCAUGUUCAAUAGAAAGCCUCAGAAGGAUCUUCAAUCAUUCUUACAAACAGUCAGUGAGGAGAAACGGGAUAUUGAAACUUCUUUUGAGUCUUCCUCAGACGAAAUUGAAACUUCUUCUGAGUCUUCCUCAGACGAAUAUUUUGAUGCAUGAUGUGACUCUGCAACAAAUACAGUCAAGAUCUAUACAAUGGCAAUCCACAACCAUCUAAUUGAUCUCCAUGACGCGGUCAUAUCCUACAAUGGUUUGUUUCAGAGCUGUGAUAUGUCUGAACUCAUUUCAUUUUUAAUCCAUGGAAUAUUAUUUUGAUGUGAAACCAAUUGUCACCAGAGGCAAAUAUGAAUCAUAAUUUUAAUCCUAAAAUGACUGAUGAGCUCUUUUCAUCCGACUUUCAAAGUGAUAUUUAAGCAUCAGAUAUAGGCCUGGGACGAUUGUCAAUGUUACCAUUUGAUUAUUUCCUAAAAAAACCAAUUAAAUCAUUCAAUCAAUCGAUGUUUACUCCCAGGCCUAUUCAGAAGUAUCAUAACUAAUGAUUUCAUGCAAUGCGGGUUAAGAGAAUUAAAUAUAGGCCUAUAUUAUGUCAUCGUAACUGGGUGAUGUUAACCUGAAUUUACCCUUUUUAUGCAAUCAUAAAUAUCAAUUUAAAGUAUUUUGUCCAUGGUAUUCCAUAUUUUCACAUUAUUCUAAACCAAAAUCAAUGUUUAAUCUGUCAAUGCAUUAUCACGCCAAACUCUUCUAACAAUGCUUUAUACAACCUGGAAUUCUUUUAUUACCUUCAAUUCUUUUAUCUUUAUCAUACAGAAGAAAGUCACUCCUUCAAUUCUAUUUUUUGUAACCACAGUGAAAAUCGUAGGAAUUACAAUUCAUAAUGAUUUAAAGUGAAAUGCUUGUGUAACCGAAAUAAUGAAGAAAAAAAAAGGAAUAAAAAGUUAUACAUGUUAAUCUACCUGAAUGUGAUUUGUUAACAGUGUAAUUAGGGUAUGUAAGACCAGUCCUAGAGUAGUGUGUACCUCUAUUCGCCCCUUCUCUUACUUUGACACAUAAUUCCACAACCGUAAGUUGCUUUUCAACCAAACUUGGAUGGUAGAUGGACUUGGGGGACCUGCAUUUUAUGCUGCAGCCGGAGGUAACAUAGUAAGGUCAAAGGUCAUUUUCAGGUCAACAUUAAAGUUUACAUGCAAGACUCUCUUAUGACACCUAACUCCGCAACCGUAAGUCGCUUUUCAACCAAACUUGGAUGGUAGAUGGACUUGGGGGACCUGUAUGUUAUGCUGCAGUUGGAGGUCACAUAGUAAGGUCAAAGGUCAUUGUCAGGUCAACGUUAAAGUUUACAUGCAAGACUCUCUUAUGACACCUAACUCCGCAACUGUAAGUCGCUUUUCAACCUAACUUGGAUGGUAGAUGGACUUGGGGGACCUGCAUGUUAUGCUGCAGUCGGAGGUCACAUAGUAAGGUCAAAGGUCAUUUCAGGUCAACGUUAAAGUUUACAUGCAAGACUCUUAUGACACCUACAUGUAACUCCGCAACCGUAAGUCGCUUUUCAACCAAACUUGGAUGGUAGAUGGACUUGGGGGACCUGCUUGUUAUGCUGCGGUUGGAGGUCACAUAGUAAGGUCAAAGGUCAUUUUCAGGUCAACAUUAAAGUUUACAUGCAAGACUCUCUCAUGACACCUAACUCUGCAAACGUAAGUCGCUUUCGACCAAACUUGGAUGGUAGAUGGACUUUGGGGACCUGCAUGUUAUGCUGCAGUUGGAGGUCACAUGGUGAGGUCAAAGGUCAUUUUCAGGUCAACGUUAGAGUUUACAUGCAAGAUUCUCUUAUGACACCUAACUCCACAACAGUAAGUCGCUUUUCAACCAAACUUGGAUGGUAGAUGUACUUAGGCAACCUGUAUGUUAUGCUGCAGUCCGAGGUCACGUGGUAAGGUCAAAGGUCAUUUUCAGGUCAACAUUACAGUUUACGUGCAAGGCUCUUAUGACAAGUGUUAUUUCAUCCCAGUCAUUUCACAGUGAAGUUUUGAUACAAUUAUGUCGCAUGCCCUCGCAAAUCACGAUAUUUCUGGUUAUUUUCAUAAGUGGGCGAGACACAAAAUCGCUUUUGCCUUGUAUUUUUAUCCAUUUUUAACUGUACAUAUAUGUAAUUUUAAUUUGUAUAUUCAUUGUUAAUCUUAGUAAUUUUGAUUAUUUUUUUAUAUAUUGGCAUUGUGUAAAUAUUUACAAUUCAGACUGUGACUGCCAAUCAUGUAUUUUGCAAUGAACCUGAAUUGAAAUAAAUUCAUCAUAAAGGAGAAAGUCACUCCUUCAAUUCUAUUAUGUUCAUCAUAAAGGAGAAAGUCACUCCUUCAAUUCUAUUAUGUUUAUCAUAAAGGAGAAAGUCACUCCUUCAAUUCUAUUAUACUUAUCAUAAAGGAGAAAGUUACUCCUUCAAUUCUAUUAUGUUUAUUAUAAAGGAGGAGAAAGUCACUCCUUUAAUUCUAUUAUGUUCAUCAUAAAGGAGAAAGUCACUCCUUCAAUUCUAUUAUGUUUAUCAUAAAGGAGAAAGUCACUCCUUCCAUUCUAUUAUGUUUAUCAUAAAGGAGAAAGUCACUCCUUCAUUUCUAUUAUGUUUAUCAUAAAGGAGAAAGUCACUCCUUCAAUUCUAUUAUGUUUAUCAUAAAGGAGAAAGUCACUCCUUCAAUUCUAUUAUGUUUAUCAUAAAGGAGAAAGUCACUCCUCAAUUCUAUUAUGUUUAUCAUAAAGGAGAAAGUCACUCCUUCAAUUCUAUUAUGUUUAUCAUAAAUGAGAAAGUCACUCCUUCAAUUCUAUUAUGUUUAUCAUAAAGGAGAAAGUCACUCCUUCAAUUCUAUUAUGUUUAUCAUAAAGGAGAAAGUCACUCCUCAAUUCUAUUAUGUUUAUCAUAAAGGAGAAAGUCACUCCUUCAAUUCUAUUAUGUUUAUCAUAAAGGAGAAAGUCACUCCUUCAUUUCUAUUAUGUUUAUCAUAAAGGAGAAAGUCACUCCUUCAAUUCUAUUAUGUUUAUCAUAAAGGAGAAAGUCACUCCUUCAAUUCUAUUAUGUUUAUCAUAAAGGAGAAAGUCACUCCUCAAUUCUAUUAUGUUUAUCAUAAAGGAGAAAGUCACUCCUUCAAUUCUAUUAUGUUUAUCAUAAAGGAGAAAGUCACUCCUUCAAUUCUAUUAUGUUUAUCAUAAAGGAGAAAGUCACUCCUCAAUUCUAUUAUGUUUAUCAUAAAGGAGAAAGUCACUCCUUCAAUUCUAUUAUGUUUAUCAUAAAUGAGAAAGUCACUCCUUCAAUUCUAUUAUGUUUAUCAUAAAGGAGAAAGUCGCUCUUUGAAAUUGAGGGAAUGAUUUUUAGUCUUCUUAUCUAGUUUUAACAAAUCUUGCCCAUUCUUUCAAAAUUAAAAGUGUAGCCUUCCUUUAUGUUAUUUUCAUGAAAUUGUAUAUGUUGUAAUGAUCAUACAUGUAUAUUUUCAUGUUGAAACUGAAUGAGGAAUAUUUCGGUUAUGAUUAAUCACAGUUUUCAAUUCACUUUUUUGUUUGAUGAUUUUAGAGACAUGAAAUCAAUUUUAUAUGAACUUUGAAACCAAGUUGCAAUCUUUCAGAAUGAAAGGCAGUUCUUUUCACACAAAUAUAUGACAUACCAAUAUAAUAUUUGAUUCUCUUCAUAAUAAUAUGCAUAUUCAAUGACAACAUACAAUAGAUUACUUAUUUUCUAAUGCGCACAUACACUGAGUUACUCAUCCAUUCUUAAUUCAAUGUUUAUAUCUAACUUGUAAUAAUUAUAAAGCAAAAUGAAAAGGUACCAUUUGAUUAUGAUAAAGAUAAAAAUUCUUCACCUUUUAGAAGUGAUUCAAAUCAAACUACUAUUUUUUUUCUUCACAUUUUACAAGAACAGAGGGGCGGAGCAAUUUCAAAAUCAUACAAAAUUGAUUAUACAAUAUAGAUACACAAGCUCAUAAUAGAUUACAUUGAGUAUGAUUACUCCUUGGAUGAAAAUAAUCUUCAUGUCAUUUUUCAUCUGUAGCCAUGGUAUCAGAAUGAUUUAUCUUUUAAACAGAGACCAGUAAUCAGCUUCACUUGUUUCAUCAUAUUUCAUCUUAUUCUUUUCAUUGUAAGAAAAGCAUUGUGGAAUAAUUCUAAGCUACAAGUAUAACAAGUACAUGUCCACAGUGUAUGUGAAGUCCUCCAAUUUUAAUAAUGUAUAGAGUCAUAAAUGAUACAUGUUUAUAUAUAAUGUAAAUUAGUAGUGUAAAGUUUAGAAGACAGUAUUGUCUAUAAUAAACCAAUGGCAGCUGAAUUUUGGUUAACUUCAGGAUUUUUCUUGGGUACAUUGUUAACUGUUUAUAUCUAACUAUUUUUCUAUUCCUUUUCUAUUAUUGUGAAGUGGUACGUAAUGGCGCUCUAUGAAGGUAUUUAGGCAAGGAAACAAGCUAAAAAUGUAAAAGAUAUCUCCAAAUCAAUCUUCCUAGCUAAAGUCUGUGUGUUUUUCACGAUUGAAGUCUACAUUUUAUUCAUAUAACUAUUUCCAAAUCUGCACAAAUCAUUUUCACCAAUUUUUCAAAAGUGAGUGGUGCUCACUCAAGCGGAACAAUUAUUUGACAGUUAUAUCGUCAUUGGCUUAAAGAGAUCUGUACCAAUGUUUAAAUGUGGAAAAAUCUUCAAGAUAUUACAAAUUUUACAGCAUUAUUUCUAAGUGUAAACUUGUUUUGAUUUGCACUGUAGAAGUUGAUUACUGAGUAGAAAUUUAUUGUGAAGUAGUACACCUGUACUUUUGACACAAUGGAGUUACUUAUAAUGCAUUCUAAAUGCAAAUAGUAGAGUUUAUCGUUUUAAUUGCAUGAAUCAUUAAAACGUUAAAACAUGUAAUAUGUCAUUCAUAUUGCUAAUGAUAUAAAUUAAUAUUAUACACAGUAUCAUGUUACAGUAAAACCUGUAUAUAGAUAUCAAACAAUAGAGAGAAGCAGUCUUUAUAAUAGGAUAGUCUUUACGAUCGUGGUCUGGUAAUACAUGUUUCAAUGAUAUACAAGGAUACACACUUAUUAUCAGGGAUGGUGCCUCAAACGGUAGCUCCACCAUAUUUUUUCAAGCACUAGUAAACCAAGAUAGAGAAAAGGAUGGAGUAAAGAGAAUAAAAGAAAUAAGUGUAUCACCAGCAGAGGUUUCAGCUGUGUAGCUCAAUAAUAAACCCUAAAAUACAAAUGAUAAAAAUAUGCCAUCUUUCAGUUUUUAUGUCCAUAUUGUUACUUUUGGUGUAAUUUUUUAAAAGUAUUGAUUUGAUAUUUAUUAUGAAUUCAGUUUAUAGAAGCAAUUGUGCUCAAUUUGACCCCUCCACAAGUAUAAUCCCUAUUUAAUGUAAAUUAUUUUGUAUAUUCAUAUAUUUUUAAAUUGUAGUAAUGAAGUUUAAUUUCAAUCAUCUUCUUCUAGAGCAAUAAGAUGUUGUAGACAGGUGGUCUCUAAAGCAGCUUUGAUUGUAAAUACAAAUGUUCCAAUAAUAAUGACUUGUGAAUACUGAAUGCAAAUAUUGUGGAACUUUUAUACACAUGGGAAUGAAUUUUAGAAUAAAUAUUACUCUAUUUUUUCAUGUA